ACACCGGCGUGCAGAAGCCGGGCCCGGUCCGCGGCGAGCUGGGGGGCGACUGCCCCCAGGGCUACAAGAGGCUCAACAGCACCCACUGCCAGGACAUCAACGAGUGUGCCAUGCCAGGCAUGUGUCGUCACGGAGACUGCCUCAAUAGUCCAGGCUCCUACCGCUGUGUCUGCCCCCCUGGCCACAGCCUCGGCCCCUCUCGAACCCAGUGCCUAGCCGAGAAGCCAGAGGAAAAAAGUCUCUGCUUCCGCCUGGUCAGCCCUGACCUGCAGUGUCAGCACCCGCUCACCACCCACCUGACCCGCCAGAUGUGCUGCUGCAGUGUGGGCAAGGCCUGGGGGGCCCGCUGCCAACGGUGCCCUGCCGACGGAACCGCUGCUUUCAAAGAAAUUUGCCCAGCGGGGAAAGGUUACCACAUCCUGACCUCCCACCAGACGCUCACCAUCCAGGGAGAGAGUGACUUCUCCCUGUUCCUGCACCCAGAUGGUCCCCCCAAAUCCCAGCAGCUCCCAGAGAGCCCCAGCCGGGCUCCCCCGCAGGAGGACCCGGAGGAGGACAAAGGGGUGACCACAGACUCGAUGGAUUCCGAGGAGCCCCCAGCCCAACAGGGCCAAUUCUCAGUCACCACGCAGCCGCCAGUGCGCCUGUACCCAGAGCUGCAUUCCCGGCCCACCCCACCAGCUGUGCGCAGAAUCCCGCCUGAUCUGCUUCCUUCCAGGAGCGCAGUGGAAAUCGCUCCCACCCAGGUCACAGAAACCGACGAGUGCCGGCUGAACCGCAACCUGUGCGGCCACGGAGAGUGCGUGUCGGGGCCCUCCGGCUACUCCUGCCAGUGCUAUACGGGCUACCGACCCCAUCCGCAGCAGCUCUACUGCGUGG